AUGAAUGCUCUUCGCUGUUUGCGUCCUGCGGCAUCCCGCGUCAAGGCGGUGCCUUUCCCAAAGGCGACCCUGCCUGCCUUCGCACGCCCCUACAGCUCAAAGAACUACGAGUACAUCCAGGUGUCGACACCGAAGCCAGGCGUUGGCCAAGUGACGCUCAACCGGCCCAAGGCUCUCAAUGCACUUUGCACACCUCUUAUCAACGAACUCAAUGAUGCCCUGGCUGAGCUCAAUGGCUCCGAUGAGGCCCAUGUGAUCGUGGUCACUGGCUCGCAGAAGGCUUUCGCCGCCGGAGCCGACAUUAAGGAGAUGGCCCCUCUUACCUUUUCCGAGGCGUAUACAAAGUCCUUCAUUGAGUCCUGGUCAUCGCUCACUACGCAGGUGAAGAAGCCCAUCAUUGCUGCCGUGUCUGGCCACGCUUUGGGUGGAGGAUGUGAGUUGGCGAUGAUGUGUGACCUCAUCUACUGCACUGAAAACGCCAACUUUGGCCAGCCGGAAGUCAAAUUGGGAACUAUUCCUGGAGCUGGUGGCAGCCAGCGCUUGACUGCUGCCAUUGGAAAGGCGAAGGCCAUGGAGCUCAUUCUCACCGGAAAGUCCUUCUCGGGCGUAGAGGCUGAGAAGUGGGGUAUCGCCGCAAGGACGUUCCCUACGUACGAGGCUCUGAUGGAGGAGACGCUCAAGACGGCAGAGACCAUUGCUGGGUACUCCAAGGUUGCGGUGCAGGCCUGCAAGGAGGUGGUCAACAAGAGCCAGGAUCUGCCUCUGCGCGACGGCGUCGAGUUUGAGCGCCGUGUGUUCCACAGUCUCUUCGGUAGCCAGGACCAAAAGAUUGGCAUGAAGGCCUUUGCUGAGAAGAAAAAGGCUGAGUGGACGCACUCAUAG